CUUCCCCUACUGUUACAGGGCAUGCAGUCCGCCUACCAGAGCGGCAAGUUUGCGCCGAAAUCAAUUUAGCUCCCAGCUACAUCCUGCUGACUUUCCAUCUCCUCGCCUCAGUCCACUGCAUACAGGAGACGGAAAUGAAAUCACUGGCUGUGUGCGUGGAUAACUACCACCUGCUCUCUCACAACCGCAACACCACCCACCUCUGAUGGUAUUCUGCGGGUGAACCACCAGGGAAACUCACUCCUGACAAGCAGCACCCGUCAACACACCUGCUGAGCAGUCAAAGAUCUCCCAGCAGUGGCCUGGUCCAGCAAAGGGAGACACUGAUCAUGCUACCAGAUGAGGACCAUCUGGAGGAGCCAGGGCGUGCGCGUGUGAGGAUGCGCGAACGUCUGGUGUGGGACUACCCUCUGCAGUUCUCCUGGCUGAUGGAGGCCGAGCCCUUCACCUCCUCCUUGCAGGCAGGCGGCCCCGCGGCCGGCGCUGGCAUGACGCUGGAGCAGAAGACCACCUUUGCCUUCGUCAUUUUUCUCUUUGUCUUCCUCUGCAUGCUGAUCGUGCGCUGCUUCCGCAUCCUGCUGGACCCCUACCGCAGCAUGCCCACCUCCACCUGGGCCGACGGCCUGGACGGCCUCGAAAAGGGCCAGUUUGAUUAUACACUGGCAUAGAGUCGGCAAACACUUGCACACACAAUGCAGCUAGGUAAAUGAACCACACAGACCCAGCUAGUUAGGAAGGAACACACAUACGUUUGGUCGGGCACAAAACAACUUGACACAAUAUGAAGUAAAAAUUUGGUGCAUGAUUAUGAAAAGACAGGUUUGAUUUGUAAUAGCAAAUGUUAAGUCACGCACACUCUGCUUCUGUCACGUACAGGGUGUCCUUAUGAAAGGAGCAGUUGGGGAUUCUGAGUGAUCCCAGAAGCAGUCUGGACUGGCCUGUGGCCCCUCUGCGCCAUGGUCCCACUCAUACAGGGUAGCCCUAUCACUGUCUCCCUCUAAACAUUCACAGCAUCUGUACCUGCACUGUUGUAAACUGCCAAGUAGACACCUAGAGAGGAUAACUCCUGUUGAAGACCCUUUAUAAGCACUUCAUAAAUACUUCAUAGGUAAAUGCUUUUGUCAGCCUUAAGGUAUGCACUGUUACUAUCAAUGCAGCUUAGAUUCAUUAGAAUGCUUGAAAAUUAAUUAGAUGUAUUUAUGCAGUGCUUAUGGCUACCUAAAGGGCCUUUUACUCAACGAUGCCAAAUUUGACACAGUUUAGGCAAGUCAGUAACUUGUGUGUAGUUGUCUGUGACAUUAGACAUUUGAAUGGAAACUCAGCAUAGAAGCAAUGGAUAGCACUUUUGGCUAGUUUCUCAGCCCAGCGUGAAACUCCAGCAAGUCCAUGACGAAUGGUGUCAUAUAUGUGUUUGCUUACAAAAAAAUCUGUCAUUUUAAAUGUGAUCUCAGAGUGAACUUGUACAGUCAGCAUAUACUGCCUCAUUAGCACAAUAAACUGAAUUUAGAUCAGUUCCGUUUUAAUACAUGAUCCGCUCUCUGGUCUUAUUUAUAAGAUCAGAAUUAAUGGCUGUGGUUUGCUUGGUCAGCCUUUACAUUUUAAGCAGUAGCCAGGGGAGAUGUAACCCUAACAGCUAAACAGCGCUAAUUUGCCUUGAGAAAAUUCAUUGCUAAGAGCAAAAUAUGAGGAAAGGCCACUUUUCAGCAGUGCCUCCUUAGUUAUUCAGGUGGUAAUAAAAAAUGAAGUUGUGUGCAAAAAUGUCCAUCAGUAGCUGAGCUGCUCUGAAAUAAAUUGUUCUGCUCUAUUAGUGCUUCUAGUCCCUCACCUGACCAAUCUGCUUUGAUUUUACUGCUUAUGUCAAAACGAUGAUGAGGCUCCAGCCAAAUGAUGUUACUUUGCACUUCUAUGUUGUCUUCUCACCACUGUGAAUGAGCCAGUGAGACAUUGAGAGCACUUAAGGAAUGUCAGGUUGAACUGCCAGUGUUUCUGAAGAUGACUGCCACUGUUUUGCAUGUACAAGCAAAUGCAUAUGAAUGUGUGAGAGACAAAAAAAAAUCUUAAGGCAUACGCAAACUGGACUGAUGCACUCAAUGCAGAUGUGUUCGAUGCUGUUGAGCCUGUUGGUAUUCUCUUAAGCUUUGUUCACUGUGAGGACCUGCUUUGCAUCUCUGUGAAUAGGCUUGUGUCUGAUACAAAGCACUUAACAGUAUUUGCCAGAACACUGUAUGUUUCAUCACCUUAGACAAUAUAUAAUUGAAAACAUUUGAUAUGGAAGAUCCCCAAAUAAGUGAGAAUCUUUAGACCUACAUGCUGUUAAAACAAAUACAUUGUGUGAGCACAGUAGAAGAGAGGAAUUCUAGCUUAUAUUAUAGAUUUUCAGUAGUGCAGCUACUGUAUGAAACUGAAUAUCAAUAAGUAAUAAAAAUGUAUCAAUAAUAUAAAAAAGACAAACGAUAACUCUAAGUCUUUGUUCUACAGCCACACCUGCAUUUGUCUCAUAGAGAGUAAAAAUAAAUUCUUUCCAAAUCAGU